AUGGCGUACCACAACAACAAUACCAAGUCCAGAGAAGUCGAUAAAUACCAGCUUGUGGACGAUAUAUUAUUAGCAAAGACAUAUUAUGAGGUCCUCGGUGUGACCAAAGACGCAGCAACCGACCAAAUCAGACGUGCUUACAUCCGUCGAAGCCGUGUAUGUCAUCCCGAUAAAUUCGUACCCACCUACCCUCGAGCCACAGAAAGCUUUCAAUUGUUGUCGUUGGCGUAUGAAACGCUCAGUAAUCCAUCCAGUAAAAUCAUGUACGAUCUAUCCUCCAAACAAGACAAAGAGUCCUCCAAUACAUCCUUUAUGAACAUGGAUGAAAAUCCUAAUGAUACCCUGCAACGAGUCUUACAUCAGCUGUUUGAAGAAAUGAUGGAGGGCGAAUUCCAAACCAUGCGUGCCUUUAUACAUGCGUUGAAUGAAAAUAAUCCCGGAGUGCAAAUCAGUGAAGACGCCGUCCUGCAAAUCGAACUGGCAUUUGCCAAGAUGCGAAAUUUAUGUCAAUCCACACAUCAAUAUUACAAAGUGAUCCAAUUCGAGCUAAUGCGGUUGUAUGAACUACAACAAGAACUUCGAAGUCUGUCUUAUUUCAACCUGUGGCGGCGCAUGCAGCUAUCCAUGACCAUUUGUAAAAUUCUGCUACAACUACCGAUAUUAAUCAAUGCCGAACAACAACGACAGAAACAGGAUAAUGAAGGUAUCUUUGGUGGCCGCAUCGAAAGUGCCCUGAGGGUAGCCGUCGGCAUCCUAGAAACGGGCGAACGCUACUGGUAG